GGUAUUUUUAAUCAGGAUCCAGAACAGGUGGAGUUGUAAAUGGGGCGAACUCACACAAAAAAACUAGAGGCACGCGCGGCUCGGUUCACAUCCUUGCCAACAUCUGAGCGUUUGCUCAAGAGCGCGUUAAUUAAGAAGAAAGAGAGUCGUGUUUUAAGUUCCACUGAGAAACAUGCAUUAAAAAUGACCUCUAAACGGGGGGAUAUUUUGCGUCUUUGGGAGAAACUCCGUACGCUAGAGGAUGACCCCAAAGCCGACAAGGAGGCAUCUUCAGGCAAGGCGAAAGACAAGAAAACUGCUUAUGAGCACAAGUACCCCAUCGUAGAAAAGCUUUUACACCUUAUUGAGCCCGAUUUUCCCAGCGACAUGCGGACACCGAAUAUAAGCCGUGUGGUGCAGUCUAUGAUCAAGUAUGGAUCAACCGAGCAAGUGAGUAAAAUUGCGAAGUGGGUUUCAAAUGAUCUUGCCGCCUACGGCACAGACGCCUAUGCACACUUUGUCGUCAACGCACUGAUUCGACACGCUCCCCAUAAUAUGUUCAAUCUGUUGUUGACGCGUUUUAUCCCGAUCGUUUCGAAACUCAUAACAAACAAAUUUGGCAUCGAUGUUCUUCAUUCGGUUUAUAGUAGCCGUUGGUGCAAAGCAGCCGAUCGCGACCUUAUCAUUCUCGCCGUAUUUCGCGACAGCAUGGCGGUGAUGCGACAGUGGAGUGGCUACCCCGUGCUCGAGGACGUCCUUCGGCAGAAUCCGCCCCUCCAAAAACGACUUUUGGCCCACCUUUUCGAACUGGGCGAUAAACUGGUCUCGCACAAAGGGGCGGUGGGCUAUCCCUUCGUUCAGAGGCUCGUCCACGCAUUUAUACGCUAUGGUACUCGCGACGAGGUGAGUGAGCUGUGCGUGACCCUCCGGCCCUACCUGGCGACCCUGGCUUUCACACGUGAAGGGGCCCCACUGGCUUCAUUGGUUUUUGUGUUGACCGAUCCACCUAAACGGAAGGAAAUCUUGCGAAGCUUCGCCGACAACCUGUGUGAGUUGUCCACUGGCAAGUAUAGCGCGCCAGUUAUGGCGCGACUGUUUGAUUUACUAUACGACCCACAUUUUCUCCAAAAAUAUAUUUUAAAAGACUUGAAAAAUCAUAUUCGCAUGCUUGUUGACAGUCCUUACGGAUACCUUAUCAUUAUUCAUCUUCUCUCACCGCACCAAGACCGGAAAGAUAAGCUGUUGCUUUCGAAUUGGUCUGAACAUAACUUGUUUUCCCUGGAAAAUACGGAGUGGAACCACCACACAUGGCUUACCUCUAAUUACGAAGAGGAGGUGAUUGAGUUUUGUAGCAAACCUGCAAUCAACUCCCAUCUUUUAUCGCUUCCCACCAUAGUGGAGUCCUUUUUGACGGUACUAGCGGAGGAGGAUUUAACCGCGCCUAAGCUUAAUCGUCUCCACGCCGGAAUCAUCGCGCGGGAGUUGCUGAGGGUUGUAGAGCAUGAGCCCCUCUACAAGUCUUCACUGAAAUUAACUAAGGAGCAACUGACGCUGUUAAAUAAUUUCACACCAGCGACUGGAAAGCGACAUUCUCGUGAGGAUAGCGAGCCGAGCCCUCAGAAAGAGCCAUUGGAUCAAUCUCCAGCGAAGAAAGCACGCUCGGAGACCUCUCGUAGCGCUCCCGCGCCGGCUGUGAAAGAAGCUCCGAAACGAAAGCUUGUACAAAAAAAAGUCCAGAAGAAGGAACUUGACAAGCCAUUAACUACAAAAAAAAAGAAGGCUAGUAGCUAGCUUAGUGACAUAAACAGUUACACACGAGUAAAGCGUUUCUGGCGGCAAAUCUAACUAUCUGAUUAACCCAUAAUAAUAAAUAAAAAAAAAGGU